ACGCAUGACCCUUAGUUCCGGAAGUAAACAAAGAAUCCAUGUUGACUCGUCGAAUCAUGUUCCUCGAAUGAAAGCAUAUAGGCCAAUUUAGUACAUAUUGACUUGGAAACGGGAGUCAGUGCAAUACAACCAUACAUCAGACGACAUGUUUCAAGACUCAGACUUCGAAGAGGCCUGUAGGGAGCUUCAGAAUCCGAACAUCAACGAAGCCGGUUAUGAGUUCUUCACAGAGUCUAGUCACGAUGGUUGUGUGGCGAGGAUAUACCGACAGUACAACGAGACCUCAGGUUUAUACAAAUACAAGGUGUAUGGUACCCUGGCUGAUGUGGAUCCAGAGAUUUGUUCCGAGGUAUACAUGGACUUAGAGUACCGACGUCAGUGGGAUACUUAUGUCCAUGAAUUGUAUGAGAAAGAAGAGGAUGGUAAAAAGCUGGUGUACUGGAAUGUGAACUUCCCUUUCCCAAUGUCAAACCGAGAUUAUAUAUAUUUGCGAGAACUCCGGGAGAUGGAAAGUUUUGAAGGGAACAAGAUAUGGGCAGUGAUGGCCAAGAGCGUGCCAUGUACCAGUGUCCCGGAGAAAAAGGGUGUGAUACGCGUCGACGACUAUCUUCAGAGCUGUGUUCUAUCAACCGACGGCAAAGUCGGAUCUAAAGGUGAGAUCUCAAAAUUUUAUUGUAAUGCUUUACAACUUCACAGCACAUAAUUCUUACGUAAACGA